CUUAUAUUCUCCCUGUAAACAAUGGUAAAGAAAAGUCCUGGAUUUGUACUGGAUUAUCUGAACUGAGAGUUUAAUUUGUGAUGUAAGUCAUAGAAAACCUUAUUAUAAAGAUGAAUUUGGUAGAUAAUCUAGUCACAAUCAAUGGUACUCUACACAGACAUGUGGGAACAGAAGCUGAUAAUAAACUGAAUGAAAGGGAUGUGUGUGCUAGAAAAAAUAGUCGUGGUGGAGACUUUAAGAUACACAUGAGAACAGGAACUGCUAAAAAACAUCAUAAAUGUGAUAUGUGUGAGAAAGAAUUUUCUAGAGAUAGUAACUUAAAGAAACACAUGACAACACAUACAGGGGAUAAACCUUAUGACUGUGGUGAAUGUGGUAAAGGGUUUAGUCAUAUUAGUUAUUUACGGGAGCACAUGAGAACACAUUCAACCGAAAAACCUCAUGUCUGUGAUGUCUGUGGUAAAGGAUAUAGAAGGUUUGACCUUUUACAGAUUCACACGAGAACACAUACAGCUGAUAAACCUUAUGACUGUGAUGUAUGUGGUAAAGGGUUUAGUCAGCUUGGUAGUUUACACAUUCACACGAGAAUACAUACAGGGGAUAAACCUUAUGACUGUGAUGUAUGUGGUAAAGGAUUUCGUCAGCUUUAUAAUUUAAAGAGACACAUGAGAACACAUGCAGGGGAUAAACAUGAUAAACCUCAUGACUGUGAUGUAUGUGGUAAAGGGUUUAGUCUGCUUGGUAAUUUACAGAUUCACAUGAGAACACAUACAGGGGAUAAACCUUAUGACUGUGGUGUAUGUGGUAAAGGGUUUAUUCAGCUUGGUCAUUUACAGAGACACAUGAGAACACAUACAGGGGAGAAACCUUAUGACUGUGAUGUAUGUGGAAAGGGGUUUAGUCAAAUUGGUAGUUUAAAGAAACACAUGAGAACACAUACAGGGGAAAAACCUUAUGACUGUGAUGUAUGUGGAAAAGGGUUUAGUCAGAUUGGUAGUUUAAAGAGACACAUGAGAAUACAUAAUGAGGUUAAAGCAGAUAACACUCACAAUGAGAUAUAUGGAGUUGAGGUUCAGUGUGAGUGAUAUUUACAUAGACACAUGAGAACACACACUAGUCAAAUCAAGGCAAAUCUAAUUUCGUACCAAAUUGCAUGAAUUCAGACUUGCAGAGAACACAAACUUGCGACAAACAUCAUAAAAAUGGCGUACAUGCUUAAAAGUUGUUUUCAGAAGAACUGCAUUAAAGAGACACAUACUGGAAAUACCUAUUAAACCUUAUAUAUGUGAUGUAUUUAAUUUAGAAGAGGGUUUUAUAAUAAUGGAAACUGACAGACGCAUAUAAACAUAUACUGUGAGGUUUAAAUUAUGGGCCAAACAUUAUUUGAUAUGAUGACUCAUAGAGAUGUAUAAGAACACAUACUGGAGAUAGUCUUUAAACUGUGAUGUAUUUUUAGAAUUGAACUCAUCAGCAGCACUCAGGCGAUUUGCAUGUAUGCAUAUUUGAUAAUGCAUAGGUUAAAGCUGAAUUGUAUAUACAUAUUGUUCAUGUUGUUCAGUUGUUUACCAAAUUAAUGUUAUAUCUUUGUUAAAGGAUCAGAUGAAUAUCCACGAAUGUACGAGAGUUCAUCCCGACCCGGGUAUUAAAUUAUGUUAAAACAUCAAUUGUGAUAUUACAAUGCCAUAACUGUAUGAGAUUUAAUCCGGGUAUUAAUCUAUAUUAAAACAUUAAUUGUGAUAUGACAAUGUCGUAAAUGCUUGAGAGAUAAAAAUAAAAAUAUGAUGUGGUAUGAUUGCCAAUGAGACAACUCUCCACAAGAGACAAAUUGUCACAGAAAUUAACAUCUAUAUGUCACUGUACGGCCUUCAACAAUGAGCAAAACCCAUACCGCCUAGUCAGCCAUAAAAUGACAUAAUAUAAAACAAUUCAGACGAGAAAACUAACAGCCUAAUUUAUGUACAAAAUAAUGAACACAAAACAAGUAUGAUAACAUUGUACACAAAAACAAACGACAACCACUGAAUUACAGGCUCCUGACUUGGGACAGGCACAUACAUAAUCUGGUUGGAUGAAAUAUGUUUGGCAGGCCCCUAUCCCUCCUCAUAAGUUCUUCUGGGUAUUAAACUCUUUUGAAUCAAUAAUUGUGAUAAGACAAUGUCAUGAAUGUAUGACAGAGUGCAUCAGGGUAUUAAACUAUGUUAAAACAUUUAUUGUGAUAUGACAAUGUCAUGAAUAUGUGAGAGAUUGCAUCUGGGUAUCAUGGGUAUUAAACUAUGUUAAACAUUACUUCUAAUACAUGUAAUAUGACGAUGUCAUGAUAUAAUUCUGUUUUCUACAAUUUAUUUUAUUAUUUUUAGGCAGUUAAGCUGCCUUAUGCGAGCACCCUAGAUUUGUGUUCUACCCAAUAAAUGCUGAAAUACGU